AUGGCUCCCAAGACCGCCACCGCCGAGGCCGCCAGCACCCUCAACCUCACCGACGGUGAACUCAAGCUCGCCCUCGCAAUGAUGAAGCACGUGGAGCGCCCCACCACCGCCGUCCUCGAGAAAAUGACCGAGGAGGCCGGCCUCUCCAGCGCCUCCUCUCCAGCGCCUCCUCUCCAGCGCCUCCUCUCCAGCGCCUCCAGCGCCCGCACCCUCUUCACCCGCGCCGCCACUAAGCACGGCUGGUUCACCGGCGGUACCGCUGCUGGAAUCGCUGGCAGUGGCACCGAGAAUGGCACUGCUUCUACCACCACCCCGCGCCCCAAGAAGACUGCUACCCCGCGCAAGAAGAAGAUUGCCGAGGAGGAGGAAGGUGCCGAGGAAGCUGCUGCCGCUGUGGCUACUGCCGCUGCGGCCGCUGACCAGGAGGAUGAGGAUAUGAAGGAGGAUAGCGAUGGUGCUACCAAGGAGGAGGCUGGUGCUGUUGAGGGCGGCAAGGAGAAGGAUGCCGAUGAGGAAAAAGAUGGGUCGCAAGCUACUUUGGGAACUUCAUCUUGUUCAUUGGAUUCGGCAGGAGAAAUGGAUGGGUGA